AUGGAAAAUACCUGUUUCCUAGCUAUUCAUAGUCGGCCUGGAUUUGUUUGGUCUACUAUUGUUAUUUAUGUUCUACCAAUGAUUAUAAUCAGUAUUAUUUAUAUAAAGCUGACACGAUUUAUGCAGCGACCAUCUAUAGCUACUUCAGUACAUGCUAAACGUGAUUUGGUCGUAGUACGUCGUAUUGUACUAGUUGUAGGUUUAUUAAUGCUGAUCGGUGCUCCUUCUGUUGUGUUGAAGUUAAUGUUACCUUUUACUAAUGUAGGAAAACCAUUAUUUUAUCGUAUUCAGAAUAUGAUUAUAGUCACUGCUAUGAUCGCUCUUAGUUUGAUGCUCGUCUAUGUCACUCCUCAAGUCAAAGAAAUACUUGUGCGUAUUCGAAAGCGGACUAAAGUAAAGCUUGUAUGUAUGCAACAACAAUGUGUUCUAGCUGAUAAAACCAUCAAAUCUUAA